AUGGAAAAGAAGCAGAAUAUAACAAAUCGCAACCCUAUCGCCGAGAGCGACCCCACACCCGCUACGGAAGAGGCGUAUGAGCCACCCGUCUCAGAAGAGGUGUAUGAGCCAUCCGUUUCAGAAGAGGCGUAUGAGCCAUCCGUUUCAGAAGAGGCGUAUGAGCCAUCCGUUUCAGAAGAGGCGUAUGAGCCACCCGUUUCAGAAGAGGCGGUUGAGGCACCCGUCAAACUUGAGAUUCCAUCGCUCGAGGAGUAUAGCCAACGCAGCGAGAGUCCCUACACGACACCCCUCAUUACUCUCAAGGUCAACAACAGCUACUAUGCCAUCCCACAAUACUACCUACGUCCCUUUGAUCGUCUCCACUGUGACCCAAAGCACACCCAGAGGGCGCCGCGAAGGUACAAUGACUGGUAUGACUGCUUUGAAGACAACAAACCGUAUCACCUCGAGCUGGCUAUCGAACCGCAAAUCGCGCAUACCUUCAUCCAUUACCUCUGCACUGGCAAUUAUGAGACCCUGCAAAGCUCUUUUAUCGAUCCCCAGACAACUGCCGAUCUCGAGAAAAUUGUCCGCGCCCGCGAUACUGUCGAACUUACUCGUGCCGCGCACACGUACGCCGCUGCAGUCCGGUAUCAGAUCCCGGGACUACAGAGAACUGCCCAUAGGCUUCUGGAACAGUUUGCAGAGCGAUUGUCGAUAGAAGACAUCCUUACUGUUGCGCGGGGGGUAUACACAAGCCUUCACGAUGAGGACGAGUCCGGUCGCACUUGGUUGGAGGACUUCGUUCGGGACAAAUUGGCGAAGACGUAUAAGGACAGGGACGGGUGCCUGAGACGACUGAUGAAAGUGUAUGAUAUCGGGAAGGACGAGAAUUUCGAUCGCUUCGUUCUCGACGAAGUCCUGGCUCUAUAUGAGAAUGAGAAGGGCGAACUCAAAUCGGCCCUUGAAAGACCAGAGUCAUUCUCAGAGCCUGAGCUAUGCGUUGAGCCCGAGCCUGAGCCAGUACUCGAACCCGAGUCUGAGCCUGAGCCGCAAGCGCCAGCCAUACCAGACAACCCUCUCUACAAUAACUGGUGGAACUUGAACUCUAAGGACCGAAAGAGAAGAGAGAAACAAUUGGUCAAAAAAGGCCUCCCUAUUCCUGGCAGAGACUUUGAAUUGCCGACACCCCCGAACGGUGAACCAGCGCCUGAGCCAGAGCCAGAGCCAGAGCUAGAGCCGGAGCCAUUCCCGGAGCAAGAACCUAUCCCAGAACCACAGCCGAUCCCGGAGCUUGAUUCCAGUACGGGGCAAGAUGUUUUCGAUGCUUAUUCGAACGGCUACCAUGGCAUUAUCAGAUUGCAGAAGACACCAAUUGGAAAGGAAGGAAUGUAG